AUGAAAACGAUUCAUGUGCUGGGUCUCUUCGCCCUCGCCAAGUCAGAGUACUUUUAUUCGCCGGCUUCAGAAACGAUCAACCUUCUCGAAAACGAAGACUUCGUUUUCGACCUUGGCAAGAAGAUCGACAUACGCGACUUAGACCUGAGCAAGGAAAUUUUGUUGUUCUCGGCGCAGGAUCUUUUUUCUUUGGAGCCCAACUACAGAGAUUCCGAAAAGAACAGAAUCUAUCCAGCAAUAACUCUGAACAAGUCUCGCUAUGAAAAUCCUCUGGACAGAGAGAGGAUCUGUCUGAAUUUGCCUGGAGUAGAUUGCUAUGUUUCCGCUCAGGUGCUAAUUCCCCGAAUUUCAACGAAACCGCUUCUUUUCACCCUCGUGGUCAAAGUACUCGAUGCGAACGAUUCCCUGCCUGAGUUUAUGCUGAAUCUGAGCAGUUUGGAGCUUACAUUCUGCAGAGAAAGCUUGCUCCGACAAGAUGGAAUUAAUGCUGAUUUUCUCCGUGCAACUGAUUCCGAUCAAGGAGGGUUAUUUUAUCAGUUCGUCGAAGACUCAGUGCCUUAUUUGAAGCUUGAAAACUCCAAGAAUCUUCGAUUGAGUCUGGAUCCAAGUGCAAGUUACCGCACAGGCUUACAAACACUUUUCGUCGAGGUCAACGACAGCACGAGAUCUACAAGAGCGCCGAUACAGCUGGCUAUUGAGAAUAGCUGCACGGAAACCUUCACGUUCACGAAAAAUGAGGAACCUUACCGCACAGUCGUAGAAGAAAACGUCGCUGACUUCUUUCUGGACAUAGUGAUUGAGCACGAUGCAAAUCCAGAAGAUGUCGAAGUUGUCUUUCUUGACAAGAACAUUUCUGAUCUGCUCGAUAUCAAAGCGCACAAUCAAAUCUAUUUGAAAAAGCCGCUUGAUUUCGAAACAAGCAAAAAAAUUCAGACAACGAUUGCGCUGCAACUUCGUGGAACUUCAAUAAUCCUGGACUUGGCGCAGCUCGUUUUGGAAGUGAAAGACAUCAACGACAAUGCGCCGCUGAUUGAGUCGUUCGUCCUGGCUCCAGCAAGCUCUGACGAAGAUACUUCCUCGGCUGGCGAAAUCAACAUCACCAUUACAGGAGACACAGACGUGUUUUUAUUUGAGCAGGGGUUCAUCUGGCUAAAAGCAAUGAUCGACCGCGAAGCUCAAAACUUUUUCAAAAUUCACGUUCGCGCGUGCGACGAGGGCAAGCCCAAAAAGUGCUCAGAAGAGGUCUUCCAAUUCACUGUCUUGGACAAAAAUGACAACGAACCAUUUUUCACAAACUGCCCGGAAAAGGUCUUCGAAGUUGAAGAAAAUGACGGCUCAAGAAAGUUUCUCACUACUGUUCGCGCCACAGAUCUCGAUCGACUGACUGGCUAUAUUAGCCCAUUUGGAGUAGUUGAGUACAAGAGCGACAGACCCGAUAUUUUGGAUGUGAAUAACGUUACCGGCCAGGUCUUUCUCAAUGCCGCACUCGACCGCGAGGUAACCAGUUUUUACUCUUUACCGAUUUUGGCGGUGGACGGUGGUGGUCGCGCUGCAAGAUGCAACCUGCGUCUCCGAGUCAACGAUCAGAAUGACAAUUCACCUAACCUGGAUAAUCUGGGGGACCAAAUUUCGAUCCUCGAAGAGACCCAACCCGGUCAAGUCAUCAUCGAAAACAUAGGCGGAUAUGAUCCCGACGCUGGAAACUUCGGAAAAAUCUCCUACUCUCUUGAAGAUUCCUUUGAUGGCCUGUUCCAAAUAGUAGAUUCUUCAAUUACUGUGCAGAAGAAUAUCGCAAACAUCACGACAGGGUCAGCUAAAUAUUUCAAUCUGGAAGGACGUAAUUCCGAGUGGGCUUCGGUAGAAGUACCUAUCGUGAACCGGCGUGGCGACUCGCACUUGUUAGUUCAAACAGAAGCGCCGACACCGUCGUCGCAGUUCCAUAAAAGCGCCACUCCCAAUUUCAGCGCGCUCCAGCACGGGCUCUCGGCAUUUCGAGUUGGUAAUAUUUCUAGUGACUCUGAUCACGUGACAGAUAGUGGCAAAGGCGAGUCGGAGCAAGAGUCCGCUUCUUACACGGACGCUCGCUUCUCGCCCCACAAUCUUGCUUCGCACAACGGCCACACUCUCAAAUCAGUGCUCAGUAAAGCGCAGUAUGGUCCUAGAUGUGUCCGAGAGUGUGGAAUAUACGGCCACUCAGAUACUUGCUGGCUAAGUACUAUUACUUCUCAGGGCUUGAGUCAGCAUUUGCCUGAUUUUAUCUACAUUUCACAGAGUCAGUUGACCCAAGGCCAGAUGAUCGAGAAGAACGGUUCAUACAGAGACCUUUCCCGAUUCGAAGUUGACCUGACACCAAUUUACUCUCCUUCCGAGGCAGAGCCGGGAACAGAAUGCAGACAAACGCCGCUUGGGACGGCUAUUGAUGCUCCCUACUCGCCUGAGAACAUGCAAAAAGUUAACCGCAAAAUGCAGCGCAAAACCCCUUCCAUUGAACAUUACUGCUAA